AUGCUUUAUAGUGGCCUAGGGAUCAGUAAGAAAACACCUCAUUUAUCUGUCGACCGGACUAAGGAUAUUUCUGAGCUAUUGCUCAUUAUUUGGCAUAGCCUUGCUCCUCUUUUGACUGACCAGGAUGAACUGGCGCCCCAUUGCUUCACGACAUUUGUUGCUGCACUUGCCAUUGACAACUCAAAUCGUCUACGUUUAUCCUCAGUAACAUUACCAGUUAGUGAGAUGUGCAUCAUUGUCGAUCGCCCUUAUCUAGCUGUAAAAAAUUCGCCUCUUUGGAAAGCCUCUAAAUUAGGCUAUUCUAAUCCGCAACCCCAAUCCAAUAAUCAUCACGCACAAUAUCUCCGGCUUCUGGAAUCAUCUCAAACCAAUACGCCACCAGGGAACAGAUACCUUGAGGCUCAAAUGCCAGAUCAACUAUUUAUUGAGCAGAAAAAUCUUGAAAAUGUGGUUGCUGAUGCCCAGCGUCUAGUAGCUGGACUUGUGACCGAUGCGAACUACAUAAUCCGAUACGGACGCGAAUUGACUUUUCAUUUAAAUUCUUGUUCACCUCCAUCUAUUCUAGCGAAUUCGUCUUUAUCUUCACUAUCCUCUACAUCAUCAUUCUCUUAUCUGAAAAAUCAGCCUUUAUCGACCUUAUCUUCUCAAAUUAUGUACAUAGCUCGCCCCAACUGGGCCGACAAGCGACUUGCUAUCAGGAGUCCCUUGAAUCUUCUCAUUCCAUUCCCGCAUUGCAUCAAGGUUUUGCCUCAAAAACACUGCAGACAUGACUGGCUUCCUUGGCAACGUUUAGCCUUAGUUGGUGGUCUUUUUGGUUUUCUUGAAACUAUGGAAACUGUUUAUCGUUCACGGCCCGGGCUCCAACUUUUUACUAAACUCGCUGCGCUUUUACCACCGGUGGAAAUUCCUUUAUCUGUUCUUCAUGGUGAAGAACAUAGUUCUGAUGAGAAAGUAGAAAUUCUGUCCUCUUCGAGUAAAAGCAUUGCGGACUUCUUUGAACUUUCCUUCCUGGAAGCUAUUGAGUCACGUGGAAUGGUUCCUGAUGUGCCUAUAAUUAACAUGCUCAUUCUGCGGAGAUCAAGAGCUCGACUUCCUUCAUACGAUCUACUUAAUAAACUUACACUGCAUGGUUUUUCUCCAGAUUCGGUAACCUGGGGUUGUCUUGCCCAAGCCUGCUACACUACUUCUUCUGUCCGGCAAAUUCUCAAGACAUAUUCUGUUUGGGCUAAGAAGAUGAAAACACAGGGCCCUGAUUUAAGGUGUGAAGAUAUUUCUACAUCUUGUGUCCUUAGCUUUUUUGCGACUUUGCUAUCCUAUACUGGUUUCAAUUGGAAUGCUAAAGCAGUGAUACUGGAAACAAUGAUCUAUGGAAUAUUUUCAGAUGUUUGGAGACAGCGAAACAAUAAAGAUAUUCUAACGGAUAUGUUGAAAAGGACGGUUUCUAUUCAAUCAAAAGCUCAGAAUAAUAAUGUCGUUAGAAAAACUGGACUAAAAGGUCUUAAUCCAGAACCAAUAUUGCCAAAUAAUAGAAUUGUUGUUGCUUUGGAGUCUGAUAUCACUAGAUUUCGUGUAUUAUUAUCAAAAAAACUUGUUCCUAGAGGUUAG